AUGACGCUCAAGGGAUUGCACGAUACCAUCCAAGGGGCCUUCCUGUGGUUCGACUGCCAUCUUUGGGAAUUCGAUAUCAACGACCGGCGCUAUGGUUUGCCCCAUGACGACGACUUCGGCUUCGAGAAGGUUUACAACGCCACCACAACACGGCUGACCAAACUGCGCGACAGUGGCAUCACAGAAUUCCUCUAUACUUACGACAUGGGCGACAAUUGGGAGCACCAUGUCGAAGUCCUGAAACUGUUCGAAAUGCCAAAAGGCGCUCGAUUGCCCGUCUUCAUCGAUGGAAAAGGACGAACGCCUCCCGAAGAUGUCGGCGGCGCACCAGGCUUCGAAAUGUUCCUAAAGGCCAUGGCUGAUCCAAGCCAUGAAGAACACGAUAAUCUUUUGCAGUGGUACGGAAAGCCAUUCGACCAAGACAAUAUCGAGACGGCAGUAGUCAAGGCUCUCAUGAACAGAUUGGCAAACAUGAGACGGUCGAAAAAGUAG